AUGAACAAAUCAUCGGAGAACGCCAAGAGUUGUUCUCUUCCCAUGGCCCAUGGUAUUGCACUGAUCACAGUCAAUGCUAUGGUGUGCAUAUUGGGAUCGUUUGAGAACUUACUCGUUUGUUUUGCCAUUGCCACUCACCCUCUCCUACGCCGAACUUCAAACUAUCUUCUGUUGAGCCUAGCGAUCGCUGAUUUAUUAGUCACCUUGGUAUGCCAGCCCUUCCUUUUGGAAAUCGUCUACAAUCGAACAUUCUUUCACGAAUGCAAAGCAAGCCUGGAAAUGCCGUAUCGUCUCAUAGUCAACCUUUCUGGUUCCGCUUCAGUGAUCCACUUAGCCUCGAUCAGUUUGGAUCGGUUUAUCGCCGUUGCGUUCCCUCUUCACUACAAAAUUGUCAUGAAGAAAUGA